ACUUAUAUAUAAUAGAGAGUCUGGGUCCAUUCUGAAGCAUACCGCCGGGUAACUACGUAUAACCGUACCUGAACCACCAACUGUCCGUGACAACAUGGAUCUAGACUUCCUGCCCAUCCCCCUGACAUGGGUUCUACUAGCCGCACUACCUGUACUGUUCUAUCUGUACGCGGUGCGGCCCAUGCAGGCACUGAAGAAACUGGGCGUGUCUGGCCCCACCCCAUUGCCAUUUAUUGGAAACCUGCAUCAGACUAUGAAAACGGGGCAUUACAAUAUGGAGGCUCAGGUUGAGUAUACAGCCAAAUAUGGUAAAGUGUACGGAGUUUUCAACGGACGUACUCCGAUCCUGGUGAUUUCUGACCCGGAGAUGCUGAGAGAGAUCUUUGUCAAACAGUUCCACAAGUUCACUAAUCGUGCGCCGAAAGGGUUGAGUCUGGACGUCACGAUGCAACCUCGCAUGCUGACCCAGCUGGUGGACGAUGACUGGAAGAACGUACGAAGUACCAUCAGUCCGGCCUUCAGUGGUGGCAAGCUCAAACAGAUGACAGAAGCAAUGAACAGCUGUGCCGAUUUGCUGGUGGAAAAUAUCGGCAAGUUUGGAGAAAAUGGCGAAUCGUUCGACACAAAGGAACUGACAGGGGCAUUCACUACAGACGUCAUCGCCCGGACAGCCUUCGGUUUGGAAAUUGAUUCACAGCGUAACCCGGAAGAUCCGUUUGUCGUCUAUUCAAAGAAGGCUUUAGACUUUAACUUCCGGAAUCCACUGGUCUGGCUCUUUGUCCUGUUUCCCAGCAUCAUGAAACCGAUUCUGGAGAAGGUUAAUUACAAUUUUAUGGCCAAUGAUGUUACUGACUUCUUCUACAACAUCGUCGAUCAGGUGAUGGGGAUGAGGAGGAAUGAGCAUGGUCGCGUGGACUUUAUGCAGCUGAUGAUGAACGCUCACAAGGACGAUGACGCAGACAUGUACAAUGAUGCCACCCAAGACACCAAAGUACAAGGAACUAAGAAACCUCUGACCAAGGACGAUAUUGUGGCAAACUCGCUUCUGUUCUUUCUCGCUGGUUACGAAACAACGGCUACCACGAUGGCAUUCAUGCUGUACAACCUGGCUCUGAAUCAGCAGACACAGGACAAGGCUAGAGAGGAGAUCAACCAAGCCAUGGAGGACAGGGACCUAGUGGACUAUGAGGCUGUCCACAAUAUGCCGUACCUCGACAUGUGCAUCAAUGAGACUCUCCGCAUGUAUUCCCCUGCUGCCAACAUUGCUCGUGCUGCAGGGGAAGAAGUCAAGCUGAAAUGGUUGACUAUCCCGAAGAACAUGCUGAUCAUCAUUCCUACUCUCGGAAUCCACCAUGACCCAGAACGCUGGCCGGAGCCGGAAAAGUUCAUCCCUGAAAGGUUCACUAAGGAAGAAAGAGAGAAGAGGGAUCCGUUUGAUUGGCAGCCUUUUGGGGCGGGGCCGAGGAACUGUAUCGGGAUGAGGCUGGCCAUGAUGGAGAUGAAGGUCGGACUGGCCAGGGUGCUGAUGAAAUACCGCUUUGUAACUGGACCCGACACGGACAUUCCUUUGAAGAUCAUGAAAUACAAGCAGUUCCCCACCCCUGAGAACGGGAUUUGGCUGAGGGCGGAGCUGCUGCAUCCUGGAAGCGACUGAUUCCUUUCGGUUCCCGGAAUAAAACGGAUGC